CCUGGGGCUGUGGCUGCUGUGGCUGUGGCUGCUGUGGCUGGUGCGUGGGUGGGGGUGGUGCCGAUGAGCUGCUGGACGACGAAGGCUGCUGCAGGUGGUGGUGCGAUGACUGCUGCGCCGUCAUUUUGGCCAUCCUGACGAGCAGAAUAGCAUGCAGGGAGAUGGAUGCUCGUUCUGGGCGAGUCUGUGCGCGCAUUGCUUACGUCCAUUGCGCCUCUUGCAGCUGCCGUACUAGCGCCUCCUCCUUCUUCCUGGCCUCUCGAGCCCUCCGUUUGGCCUCCUGGUCUUUUUGUUUGGCCUCCUGCUGAGUCCGCUCGAGCUGGCGGCACAGCUGAUCCACUCGAUGCUCGCUAUCAGAGGGACCGCCCGCAGUCAUCACCGCACCAGACCUACACAAGUAGAGAGCAAAGAAACAGAGUGAUCCAUGGCAUCAGUGUCCCUUCUGCCUGCCUGCCUUGAUGUACCCUGUGGAUGGCCCGCCAUUGCUGCCGUGUACCGCUCCGUCCGCCUGAGCCGCAGCGAAGGGGUCGGCUGCACUGCCCGAUGAGGCCGGCUGGUGUCUGUCGUCAUCCUCAUACUCGAAUAUGGGCGGCGGUGGCGGCACAUACAUGUCAUCACCACCAAUGUUAUCAUAGAACGGGUUAGCCGACAGCCCACCACCACCAGCCGCAGCCGCAGCCGCCGCAGCAGCCGGCGUUGGGCUGGACGGGAAGGGCUGGGGGAAACCGAAUGGAUGUGCGGAAGGAGCGCCGGACGCCUGUGGGCCGCCGUUGUAGCUGACAGGGAGAGGGGGACCCAUCGGAAGGAAAUCACUGCACAGAACAGCAGGCAAGGUGGAAUCCAUAGAAGCGUUGCUGACAGACAGACAUCCUGCCCGUGUUACCUUGGGUCGAUCGGUGGCUGUGGUGGGGGCGGCGGUGGAAAGGCCGGCGGGGGCGGCACACAGUACAUGUCUGCCUCGUCAUAGAAUGGAUCAGCCGACAGCCGACCACCACCAUCGGCGGCAGCAGCUGCAGCUGGUGGUGCGGCCCCGACAGGCGCAUGGGCGAAGAAGCGACUCAUCGAAGGACCAGCAGCAGACAGACUGCGGACACAGCGUAGGAGAAAAGCCAUCAUUGCGAUCCGAUCACGGCGUUCACUGUCUGCGGCCAUCUCACCUCGGCCUCUCGGCACGUGUCGGCUGCUGUUGGUCGUCUUGUCCAGUGUGCCGCUGCAGCGAUGGCCCGUUGCGCAGCUCCUCGGCCGACGGGAGUCGGGGGAAGGGGAUGGAGGGAGGAGGGGACGGCUGGUGGGCAAACAUGGUCAUGAGGCCCCUGCCCGCCCCACGACCUCCCACAGGCCGAAAGGGAGGCGACGCACCGCCAGAUGGACUGUCAUCGUCAGACAGCAGUGGCGAUGGACGCUUCGGCAGAGGAGGGGCCAUCCGGCCAUUGCCAGGUGACAUCUUGAAGCGGCCCUUGGGGAACUGGGCGCUUGAGAGGGGAAUGGGGGCGGGCAUCCGGAUGGGGGCAUUGCCGCUGCGAUAACGGGGCUCAUUGGCGGCAGGUGUUGGGCGCCCCGUCUGAUUGGUCCUGAGUGCUGGUGGGAGUGAGGGGCGGGGCGGCUGACUCGGCUGAAGUGUGGGCGUCGGUGUGGGCUUGGUGGCGUGUUUGGCCUGAGCCUUCUUCUUGCCCUCGCUCAGCUGUUGCCGUGCAUGUUGUCCGAACGCCGAGUUGAGCAGCAUAGCGUCGCCGUCUUCAUUAUCGCUGUCACCGUCGCUCCCACCAGCCACCGACUUCGCUGCAUCGCCACCAUCACCAGGCAGGUCGCUGCCCGCAGCGGCUGACACGGAUGGCACACCAGACGCACCAGACCUGCAAAGAAAGAGAUCGACACGCUCACAGAGGAAGCGAAUGUGUCAGGGCAUCUCGUCAAGUGGGUGGAUUGCUCACGUGUCGGCGAUGGACGAAGAGGGCUCCGGCUGACUCGCCUCAACCUCAUCCGCAGCAGAAGCCCGACUGCACACACACAGACAUGAGGCAAACACUCCCGCCAGCCAUGGUCUGUGGAUGGCUUUCCUACCUGGUGGAUGCGGCAGUGGAGGGCACUGACGGCUCAAUCACCAUAUCGGAGGGCCUCGCCGCAUCCUCACCUGCAGCCUCCUGCUGCUCCUUGCCGCCCUUAUCCUUUUUGCCCUUGCCCCUGCCCUUGCUCUCGCUCUUGGCUUGGCUGGCCUUCUGGUCCUUUUUCUCUUUGGCCUCCUUCUCGCGUCGCUCCUCCGCGAGGAGGGCCUCUUGCAUCCGCUUCGCCUUGGCCUCCUGGGCCGCCAACUGGGCCGCCGUCAGGGGCGGUGGGGUGGUGGGCUUGGCCUUGGUGUCUUUCUGGUGCUGCAGGGCGAGGCCAUCGAAGAAUCCCAACACCUGUAUAUGGGGCAGAGCAGAGAGAGGUGAAGAGGAGGACCUCGUGCUGUGCAGGAGUGCUGCCUACCAGUUGUGAGACCUCCAUGUCACUGCUGUGGUCACGCAUCGCCUUGACCGACUCGAACUGACAUGGCGGCACACAGACAGUCGGAAAGGCACAGCACACACGACCCUCGGUUAACGUACCUGUAGUAUCUGCCCGACGAUGGGAUUCGGCGCGCCUCUGGCGACCUGCGACCUGCCAUGGCUGCCAUUAAUCACACAGCCACAAACAGACACACUCAAUCACACGUCGGGCUUUCUUGGCUGCAGCACAUGGCUGACCUGACGAUGCUGCUGAGGAUGUCGACAGCAGUAGCGCGGUCAGUGUCGUGGAAGACGUCUGCGGGAAGGAGCUGUCUUCUGGCGUCUUUGAGCAGCACGUCACAUAUCGCCUCUGCCAGUCCAUCGGUCCCCAACACCUACACACAAACAAACGCAACACGGCACUCGUCAAAUGAGAUGGAGGUCGGUGACCCUCCUUUGCUGACCUUCCGAUCUCUCUGACUGAGUUUCUCGAUACAGCGCAUGCAGAGGACCAGCAGCUGCAUGUCGAUCCUGUCGGCCCUCUCAAAGAAGAGGAUCAGACAAGUCACGAACCUCGACUCGAUAAAAGCGCCAGCGUCCCCAUCAUCUGCACACCCACACACAUGGUUCAAGGAUUGUGGGAGGUGCACCGACUCACUGACUGACGGACGACCUAUCAUGGCCAUGGCUGGGAUGACCAGAGCAGUCGUGAUGCAAUCUGCCAAGGAGCCCGAUGACUCCUUGUACGCUCUGUAGUCCAUGUCCAACGCGUUGGCCACCCGAUCCAACGCGUCUACCCCCAGGACGAAGGCGCGAAGCGGCUGCAUCGGGGGCGGGGCAGCACCGAGUGUUUUCACCACUCCCGCUUGCUCGAUGUACUUGCCGAAGCCACCUGGCUGCAAAGGGCCACCUGCACACACAAAUCCAUCUUUACCCCACGAGCCAUCAGUCUCUUACACCUCAUACCUUUCUUCUUUCGCAUGCAGAGGAUGAGAGCGAUUCUGAUGAAGACCCCUGAUGUGGGGAUCGCCGCGAAGCACAGGGGAGAGGCAGGAUCGGACGCCGCGAUGAGGGCCACCAGCCUGUCCAGAUGAGCGUAGACGUGUGCGUUGAGAGCCGCUUUGAUGGCCGGCCACUCCUCCACAAAGUCUGCCAAGACACAGGACAGCAGCCUCGUCCAAAGAACGCAUCCCACGUGCACUUUCCUCACGGUCGCGAGGGGAGUCCCACAGAUAGUCUGCGGCACACAUCAGUGGCAGUACUAAGAGCCUCGUCCUCGCUGAUUGCUCAUCUCGCAGCUGCGUCAGGCUCUCGACGAAAAUGGAGAAGGACUCGAGAACGAGUUGAAUUGACGGGCCGAAGGGGCUGGGCUCGAACAGCGACUUCAGCAUUAUGACUGCCUGGUUAGCGAGAUGUGCGUGUCUGCACCCCCGAAUGACAUCCAUCGCCUGCCGGAGGGUCGUUUGGUGGGUCUGGAAGAAGCUCUCGCGAAGCUGGGGCCCUCCUGCCGCCUCGAGGGCGGUGGCCGCGUGAAGAGCGUAUUGCAUCAGGUGCAGUCUCACAUACGUCACGACGUCGACGGGCCGGGGCAGCGGCUCGUCGCAUGACGAUGCCUUGACGAAAGCAUGCGCGAUGUUGCUGUCGACCUCCCCGCCCAGGUCGCCCCCCUCCCCUCCUCCCUCCUCAAGCUCCCUCCACGUCACGGUCUCGAAGAUGGCCUGGACGGCCGACACACGAUCCGACGGGGCCAUGUGCUCCAGGAAGCCAUGAGCGAAGAGGCCGAUCAGCACGUUAGCGGCCGCCAGCUGACAUUUCUUGUUUCCGCUAUCCGCCAGGCGCAUCAGGACGCGGCGGAAAAGUCCCCCCCCUUUUCCGAACCUCACGGCCAGUCGCUUGGCCAAUGCACUCGUCACAUGAACAGUGAUGCAUUUGGCUGCCGCAGUGAACGUCUCGAUAUUGUCAGAUAGCAGGCCGUCCACCAACGCAUCGAUGUCGACGGGCGAUGAGGACUGCGGGGAGGAGGAGCGCCGUGGCGAGAACGGCCCUGACGUCUGAUGGGUGUGCAUGGCUGUCUUGUGGUUGGCUAGGCGGUGGGAUGGGUCCAUCGCAGGGGAGCUGCUGCACACGGUGGCCCUCUUGGGCAAGGAUUCAAUGAACAACGACGCCUGCACAAACGAGAGGAUGGUAUCAGCAGAGAGGUAUCCAUCGACUGGUUUUGUGUGGUCGUGCGUCCAUCGGCUCAUGUGCGAGAUCGUGUGGUUUCGUUGGCUGCGUCGCUCACCUCUGCUGAAAGGUCACGGCGGACUCGCAGCUGCUGUAUCGCCUCGCACUGGCAAUAGACCACAGACAGACAAACAGACAGACACGGACACAUUGCGAUCGACUUAUGGCCGCAUGAUCCAUCUUCCCCGCUCGGUGUCCACCUGAACGAUUUGGUCGACGAACGGGUUUCUUGUGGCCAUGCCCUCAGUGACCAAUUCAUCACCACACCUGCCGGACAGCCCAUGACAGAUUCAGAUGCAUGCAGCGUGUAGGGCCAACUCCCACCGUCUACCCGCUCACUUGAUCAGCUGCUGCAGAAGGCCCAGGAUACAGUCGACAGGUGCCACAGAUUCGGCUAAUAGCUGGCAGAGAGCUUCUACCACUCGAUGGCCUGAAUCAAUGUCGCCCGAGCCUGUGAAGGGAAGCACAGCACACACCCAACUCUGUCUUCAUAUGUUCGCUCGUGGCCCGUCCCGCGCCUCUCUCUCGCUCUCUCUCCAUGGUCAUCCUGUCUGACUUGUAGCUGAUCUUGCCGGUAUCUUCAAACAGGCGAGCAUUGUGGGGUGGAAGUUUGACCAUAGCUCAGUGUCGUUGUCAGGAAGGGCGUUGGCCGCUUUAACAGCUCUGAUGAUC